CAUCUGCCGCUGCUGUUCGCUAUAUUAUAUGUUGCGAGAUCGCGCAGUCUGCCCGCACCGGCGAGGCUCUCUUCCGCUCGGCCGCCAUGGAUCGCCCUUCGAGCAAGCCGCCGGCUCCUAGCCUUCGCACCGUUUCUGUGGGACGAUGCUAUGUGCAGACGGCGACCGAUAGAUUUGGCAAUGAUGCCAAAGGUGCGAUUCGAGAUCGAGAACGAACGGCGUUGGGAAUGAACCCGGAGGGGCUUGAGGCGCCGUUCAACUGGCCGAGUAUCGAUGGACAGGAUGAGGGGGGGCAUUCGCACGAUUCGAUAUAUCGGCUUGUCCCGAGCAUGCAGGGCUAUCGGAACAACUUGACUGCGCUGUCGCAAGCUUGCAAUCUCUACUUUGUCGCCUAUCAAGGCCACAUCUUCGUCUACAUGCCCCGAAGCAUCCCGAAACAGACGAUACCCCGACACCCGGACCUACAGAUCUAUGCUGCUCCGAGUAAGGAAGCUCUUUCUAUUGGCGGCUGCAUCGAUCCCGUCACUCCGCAUACCAUCAAUCAUAUCAUUACCGGAUUUCUUGGGAAAGAGGAGAUUCUGGUGGCUUGUUAUGACGAUGGAGACGUUGUCGCGUAUUAUGUCAAGGAGAUUGCAGCCUCAGCAUCCCGAACUAAAAAGACGUCCGAGAGAGGGUGCCCCAGCCGUCCACCGAGGCUCUUCUUCCACGAGAAUGUCGGCCAGACGGCCUGGGGCUUGGCCAUACACCGCAAGUCCCGCCUGAUAGCCGUGAGCACGAAUCGCCUCGAGGUGACGGUUUUUGCGUUUGCCCUCUCCACUUGUCAGAAGAAGUCAAAAGAGGUACGGGAAUUCUGCGACUGCUGCAAGAGCAACGAUAGCGCCAGGCCGAGUGUGCCUAGGAGGGCCCGGAACUGGAGAAUCGUUGUGGCUCUCGGGAGUCACGCGUCCAAUAUCCCCAACAUCUGCUUCGUCGACGACGAGGACGGUCAGGCUGAAAAGGUGUGCGCGGUGGAUAUCAAGGGGGUCAUGUGGAUGGCAGAUAUAUGGAAAAUGUUUCAGCCCGUCACACAAGUUCUUCCGUCAAGGCAUCUCAUACUGCAAAGUGAAGAGUUUUGGCCAGCAUCCUCAAGCUUUGUGCCAGUCGACACUCUCGACGAGAUGCUCGGGCUGCCCGAGCAGGCGCUCAACGUCUUCCAGCCUGGGUCGGGGUGUCCGCAGCCGAUGGUGAACGUGGCCGAGUGCCUCGCAGCCAUCCCGGACAACCCAUGCCCCCCUCCCACGCUGGGGGGCAGGGCCGGUCAGUUCUACCGCAACAUUCUGAAUAUGUCGCAUGACGAGUCUUUACAAUUUCUCGUAGGCGAGGCGGUUCCCGCCAAUGACCUGGCCGGGGGCGGCCAAAGCGACGACAGCGACGCCGCAUCUACAGUGUCUGAAGAUAUAUUGCAGCUGGUUGAGGACGAGGUUGAGGAUGAAGAUGAAGGUGAAGGUGAAGAUGAGGAGGAAGAAGAGGAGGAGGGGGGUGAGGAGGAUGCGGAGGACGGAGACGAAGAGGCUGAAGAGGCUGAAGAUGUCAUUGUUGCUCAGGGGAACCCAGAAGUCAUUGCUGCAGACCAGGGCGGCAGCGCAACUCUCUUUCCAACCCCACCAGCAGGACAGCAAUUCCAGCAAGCGCUACAAGAUCUAGACGUAGCGCUUGGACAGCUCGCUUACGCCGUGCAGGAAUUCCAGGAGGCCAUCUCUAUUCCGGAUUCUCCUAACCCAGCGUCGGCUCAACCUCAGAGCUUCCAGGAUCAAGACAUCCCGGGAUCACCUCUUGAGAAGAGAAAGCCUGAUCCCGUGCUGUUCAAACAGCGCAGCCACAAACACCUCAGCUCGCCUCCAGUUCGACUCGACAUGGCUUUUUUCCCGCACAACGGAAAGAUUCAGGCCGUUCCACGGUCCCCAGCCCAGCUUCUCGAUUUCCUCAGGAGACCGAUUGAGUUCAAUAACAACGUUGGACCGCCAGUGGAAGAUCGCCUUAAGAAGUUGACCAAACGAUACCACUUUAUUCGGACGUUUGAGAAGGACCUGGAGCUCAGGAGUCUCCGGGGGGUGUACGAGACGGGACUCCGAGAGAUUGGCGUCUUGUGCCCCGACGCGCUCACGCUCGGCUGCUUCCAAGAACGAAGUAUCCGGCCAUACUUCCGCGCGACUAGCCGCCUGAGCUUGCUGUUCCAUGUGCCAGAGCUCUCACUGGUUGUAGUAGGAUCGCCCAUUGGCCGGGUCCUCUUGAUCACCCCAACGAAGCUCAAGACGCCCAUCGUAGCGAAGACGGCUGGGAUGUGGCAUCACGGGCUUCGGGUAUAG